UUUUUAUAACUUCAUUUGAAACCUUGAAAUCGCCGAAUUAAAAACUAUAUCUUUUGAAAUUUAACGAGCUUACGUAGAGAUAGUGUUUUAAUAGGUGACCUCUGACGCCACAAACUUUAAAUCUGGCUAGGCAUGGCUGAGCAGCGAGAAAACGCAUUUCAAAAGCAAGAAGUGAAAGGAAAAAAUGGUGGAAGAUAUUACAAAAGCAUAGGCCUUGGUUAUAAAACUCCAAAGGAGGCUAUUUUCGGUACUUACAUUGACAAAAAGUGUCCCUUUACUGGAAAUGUACGUAUCCGUGGUCGAAUCCUUACGGGUGUUGUGCGUAAAACUAAAAUGAAUCGAACUAUUGUUAUUCGCCGUGACUACCUUAAGUACGUGAAAAAGUACAACCGAUAUGAGAAGCGACAUAAGAAUAUGUCUGUACAUUUAUCUCCUUGCUUCAGAGAUGUGGCUGUUGGAGAUGUCGUAACUGUCGGUGAGUGUAGACCCCUGAGCAAAACCGUGUCAUUCAAUGUCAUCAAGGUUUCAAAAGCCGCUGGUUCAAAGUUUACCGUAUAUCUUGGUUCUCCUUUCGUUCCGGGCUUAAUUGACCGGUUUAUUUUUAUUUGGAGCUUUCCGCUUUCGUUUGGUAUAUGAGUCUUAUUAUAAAUCAACUAACGUAAUAUUCCACUAUAUCAUAUGUAAGCUGUAAUACAAGAUUUUUACGCUGUAGCGUAAUGCACAAGCAUUAUUUCCUAUAUCCAUAUAGUUCUUAUAAUAAUGACUUGCGCGAUUUCCAUUUGAUGAAGAGAGAUAUUUGCCCCAGUUUCAUUUCCGUGUCUCAGUUAAUCCAGUCUGACUCGUUUUGAGAUAUGGUAGUUACUUGGAAGAUUCUUUUAGUCUAGUAAUUUAUAAAUUACAUGAUGAGAUUCACAAACACUUUUGGUCACUUCGCCUUGUGACAAUAAAGAAUGUAUGAUUGAACUGUCGAUUUGAAGAUUUAAAAGAAGACUAAGCGAAAGUCAGAAUUUCUGUCGUGGUGUUAUACCGACCCUACAUAUUAACAUAAACUAUGGAGAAUAAGUAUUUGUUAUCUUAACGAUCUCUAGUUAAACUACGUCGCUGUUACCUUGAUUUGGUUGUCUAGCUUCCCUUUCGUGAUGAGCCAAUCCUCAGUCUCAUCAGACCGGUCGGUUGAAGAGCGCUAAGACAAGCAGCAAACCCAAGGUCGAAGUCGUAUUGCUCACUGUACAGAGGUGUUUCCUUCAUACAACCAGCAUAAAAGCAAUGUUGCAUUCCCACAAGGGGGCGGGGUUAGAAAAAGUUGACCAUGGAAUGCAAGCCUCGCUUUAGAGUUCUCUGUAAAUGUCAUGUUUCACUUUAUUUGGAAUUUAGACAAAAACCAAGUGUGUCCCGUUGCCUCUGAUCCAAUUUCCCUUUCAGUUACCUCUGGGAGGACUUCCAUUGUUUUGGAAACCGGGAAGUGAUAAUCGCCCUCAUACCUCUAACAGCACU